UUGACAGUUACGCUCUUUCCUAAAUCAAAAACGCGAUUUUUUUGAAAAUCAUAGAAGAUCUCUGGUUUCGGAAGGCAGCAGAUCAUGUGAGCAGUCAGCUGAAGCUAUUUAAAUUCAUCAGAUAUCUCCGGGCAUGAUGCAGUGUGUUGUGAAGGCAUACAGCUGUUGUCUUAUCAAAAACAAUUCCGUGUUUACAGUUGCUAAAGAACACGGCGAUGUUUGGUGUUAUUCGUGUUUGGUGCCUCCUGCUUGUUUCCACAGACACUCUGUUACACUUAUUUCGCAGGGUUUGAUCAAUCAAGGUUAAAAACCUAUUUCUGUCAUCGGUCGAGACUUUGUCUCUGAAUGGGGCAAGCGACUGAAAACUAACAUGUAUUGCAGUGUUGCUAACCGCGUCGAUGUCGUCGCCAUGAAGUUUUUAGGGUUCGGGCUGUCCACUGAUGUUUUCAUAGUCUGGAUAUUGCUUUCAGUGCCAUUGGCUUCUUCAUAUCCUCUUGAAGGAGGAACAGAUGGACCCGAGCUGAGGUUCGUGGAUCUGAUUGAUCAAUUUAGGGCCGGAUUCAACUGGCGAAACGUCUCCUGCGCGACGUGUAAAGUCAUCUUCAGCACUGUUGAUAUUGCGCUGCUGAGUGACAGAAACAUGGAGCGUGUGGCACAUGUUGUUGGAGAGGCCUGUGUCAGACUGCACCUGUACGAUGCGCAUGUAUGCCGAGAUAUCACUGAGCUCUUCCGAAAAGAUUUAAUCCGUGCACUCCAGGAGUCCUUCCUCUGGCCUUGGGAGGCCUGCGCCCUACUUGUGGGUCCUGCAUGUGGUCAUUUUGACAUCUAUGCCACCUGGAAUGUAACCCUUCCACAGGUGCCCAAACCCCCAAUUACACCGCCCACCCCUCCCAAACAGGGCUCUCCAAAGAGUAGGAUCCUCUUCCUCACGGAUAUCCACUGGGAUGCGGAAUAUGCAGAGGGCAGCGUUGUCAAUUGCCAAGAACCGCUGUGCUGUCGUAAUGAAUCUGGGCAGGCCAGUUGGAAGCACCGUGGUGCCGGAUACUGGGGCACCUAUGGCAGUUGUGAUCUUCCUCUACGUACGGUGGAGAAUCUGCUCCAAAACGUAGCCAAAUCGGGGCCUUGGGACUGGGUGUACUGGACUGGAGACAUUCCAGCACACAACGUUUGGUCUCAGACCAGAGCUCAACAGCUGAAGGAGCUCACAACUAUCUCUAGACUUGUCCUGAAAUACCUUGGGCCUAAUGUGACCGUGUACCCUGCGGUGGGAAAUCACGAGAGCACACCAGUAAAUAGUUUUCCACCUCCGUUUAUGCAUGGGAACUGGUCUUCCCGAUGGCUGUAUGACACCAUGGCAAAGGAAUGGGCCCAAUGGCUACCAGAGGAUGCCCUGGAGACAAUUCGGCGUGGUGGGUUCUACACCGCAGAAAUAGAGCGAGGUUUGAGAGUGGUGUCUUUGAACAUGAACUUUUGUGCAAGAGAGAACUUCUGGCUGAUGGUGAACUCCACAGACCCAGCAGAUCAGCUCCAGUGGCUUGUUCGCAUACUACAAGAGGCUGAGAACAAGGGAGAGAAGGUCCACAUCAUCGGUCACAUCCCACCUGGACUCUGCCUGAGCAGUUGGAGCUGGAAUUACUACCAUAUAGUCAACAGGUAUGAAAGCACCAUAACUGGUCAAUUCUUUGGACACACGCACUGCGAUGAAUUUCAAAUGUUCUAUGAUGAGGAAACAUUAAGCCGUCCACUAAGUGUGGCUUUCAUUGCUCCAAGUGUCACCACAUUUGAAAAUCUGAACCCAGGAUAUCGUGUGUAUUACAUUGAUGGAAACCACCCAGGCAGCAGUCGCAUGGUUUUGGAUCACGAGACCUUUAUUCUUAACCUCACACUUGCCAACAACCAACCGGAAAGACCAGCUAUACCCACAAAACCUGAUCCAAACCCAUCAUGGACUUUAUUGUACCGUGCUUCUGAAGCCUACGGUUUUUCCACCCUCUUCCCAACAGACUUGGACCAUUUAAUCAAAGUAUUCCUUAAUGAGGACCAUGUUUUUCAGCAAUUCUGGUACUUCUAUCAUAAAGGUUAUGUGUCUGAGCCCUGCACGGACACUUGUAAGAAAACACUCAUUUGCUUCCUGCAUAGUGGACGGGAUGACCUUCUAACGCAAUGUGACGUACUACAUAGGAAAACAAUGUGUUGUUCACCUGGCCCGAAACAAUGUCCUGUUAGUGCCAAAAUAGCCAUUGAGCACUAAUGAAUUUUAAGGCAUAGUUCAGCCAUAAAGUAAAAUUGUCAACAUUUAGUCACCCCCAUGUUGUUGGAUGACUUAUUUCUGUGCAAAACAAAAAGAGUCCUUAACUCAUCUCUUUUGUGCUCCAUGGAAUAAAGUCAUAAGGGUUUAGAUAACAUGUAAAUGACAACAUUUUCACUUUUUGGAGAACUAUCCUUUUAAUAUCAAGCCAACAUCACAGGCACUCUUAUUUGGUACUUCCAUUUAGAUUUUUUUUUAUUUGAUUAUUUCUUUUUGUAAAAUUGUAGCAUUUGAGUCAUUUGGUGGCAUGGCUGUUUGUGUUUGAGAGAUUAUCCAACUGUCUUGCAGAUUGUCAUUACUUUUACUGUAGCUAAUGCCCAUUCUUGGUAUUCAAUGUCAUGAGGUAUGUGGUCAAGAAAAGUAAAAAAAUGUCACCUUACUAGGGGAAGCCAAAGGUUAAGUCAGCAAUUCUCGGUGAAGACAUUUGUAAUUUAGAGCAGAGACCCAGUAUACAGAGAAAAUGUGUUGGUUGAAAAUGGAACGUACUAACGUCACAACUGAAUCAUAUGGUGUGUUAGUAUCUUUUGAAAAGGUUCCUUACUAACCACAACUGCUCAAAUUUUGUCUUCAUUCUCACUGAUCUGUUUUGUUUGCGUCACUGUGAACAGUGUUCAGUGUGUUAUUUACUGCACACUGAAGCCUGUUCGAGGCAAAUUGGUUAAGAUUACAAUUUGUUGAUUCAUCCCAUGUCGUCAUAUACACACACACACACUUUGUUUUUAUUGGUCAAGAAUAAUAUCCAAACAGAUUCUAUUGAGAACAAAAACUUCCUUGUUUAACUAAACUUCCUAACAUUUUAUAUUUCCUAUUGAUGCACUAAAGCUGAAGAAAUAAAUAACCAUCUUCACAAAUGCUUGUGUGAAAACAUCUUAUGUGCCUAAGACUUUUGCACAGUACUGCAUAUACUGUGACUUUUUGAAUGUUGAAGUCAUUAAUUAACUGAUGCAGGUUUUGAUGAUUGAAUAAAUAAAUAUUUUGCAAGUUAAGUGUGUUGACUUGCCAA